UAUUUUUACUUUUGAAGUAUGACGCUGUUGACAAAAAGGUUUGCCAAAUCACGGGUUGAAAAGAGUCCCUCUAUCGAAUCAUGCUUCCCAGCAGUGCGUUCCGCAGAGUAUUCUGGUUCCGAGUCUCCUGAGGACUAUGAAAUAAACAUAAACAUGGAACACUCUCAUGAUGACAUAAAUCAUGAAGAUAGUACCUGCCUAGACAAUUUUGAACAUGGUAUUUCACCAGCUUCUUCUAGUGUUAAAUACCCCAUUGCAUCUGCCGUACCACCAGGAAUAAGCACCCCAUCUCCAUCAAUCUCUGACAUUCAGAACUCUCCUCAACAGCUUCAAAAUGUCUCGAACUUGACCACUAUUCUGGAAGUGACAGGAAGCAAUGCUCAAAGCAUUCUCAGUCCAUCAACGAGGCUAGAUAGUCUCGGUUAUCACUCAAUGACUCAAAGUGCCAAAGAUGUAAAGCCAAGUACACAAGCAGCAAAUGACUUUGCAAGUUUUCCACUAGCAACAGUUACUCAUUCAGGUGCAAUUUCUGGAGAGAUGAGAGGCCUCAAAGCAUAUGUUACUCUGUUUCUCGCUGCCCUUAAAGGUGACUGGGAAAAGGCUAAAAAUUUUCUCGAUUUAUGUCCACAAGCAAUGCGUGCUAGGAUCACAAGGGGUUCAGAAACUGCUCUUCAUAUUGCAGCUGGGGCAAGACAUACAAGGUUUGUAGAGGAGCUAGUGAAUUUGAUGACAUCAGAUGACUUGGCACUGCAGAACAAGGUUGGAAACACAGCCCUUUGUUUUGCUGCUGCAUCUGGAGUGACAAGGAUUGCUAAAGUGAUGGUGAAUAAGAACAAAAACUUGCCACUGAUUAGAGGUAGUAAAGGAGCACUGCCACUGUACAUGGCUGCCAUAUUAGGCCACAGAGACAUGGUUUGGUAUCUUUACUCCAUAACUGAAGGACUAACAGAUGAGGAUCUCAUUGGGCUUCUUAUUGCUGCCAUCACCGCCAAUCUAUUUGAUGUAGCCUUGGACAUGAUUGAACACUACCCUUUUUUAGCUAUAUCACGGGAUGGAAAUGGGGACACAGCACUUCACGUUUUGUCUAGAAAGCCUUCAGCAUUUUGCAGUGGAAGUCAGCUUGGACUCUGGCAGAGGUGCAUCUACUCAUGUCUCCUUAUGGAGCUGCCAAGCAAUUAUCCCUCUUCUUACAGAAGCCAUGGAAAAUUAAUACGUCUACUCUUACACGUGGUUCCUAUCUUGAAAGUGCUACUUUGGAAAGUCCUGACAUUCUUAGUUCCAGGAUUCAAGGUGAUAUAUGACAAAAAGUUGAUGCAAAUACAAGCAUUGGAAUUAGUGAAGCGACUAUGGAAUCAGGUUCUGUUACUGGACGACUCGGAGUUUGGAGAUUUGAUAAGGACUCCUACUCGAUUGUUGUUUACUGCUGCUGAGCUAGGAAUUGUGGAGUUCGUAAUCGUGCUUAUUCGAUCAUAUCCCGAUCUUAUUUGGAAAGUUGAUGAUAAAAGUCGAAGCAUAUUUCACAUUGCAGUGGCCCAUCGCCAGGAAAAUAUUUUUAACCUCAUAUAUGAGAUAGGAGCUCAUAAGGAUUUGAUUGCAGCUUAUAAAGAUGAAAACAAUAACAACAUGUUACAUUUGGCUGGAAAGCUAGCACCUCCGAAUAGACUGAAAACUGAUUCUGGUGCUGCUUUGCAAUUGCGACGGGAGUUGCACUGGUUCAAGGAGGUAGAAAAGAUUGUCCAACCCCUAUAUACCGAAAUGAGAGACUCUGAGGGGAGGACACCUCAGGUUGUAUUUACAGAGGAGCACAAAAGUUUAGUGUAUGAAGGAGAGAAGUGGAUGAAGGAUACUGCAUCUUCAUGCAUGGUUGUUGCAACGCUCAUUGCCACGGUGAUGUUUGCUGCUGCCUUCACUGUACCAGGUGGCGAUAAUGAUAAUACAGGAAGUCCUAAUUUUAUAUUAAAGAAGUCCUUCUUGGUUUUUGCCGUUUCAGAUGCAUUAGCAUUAUUCUCGUCUGCCACUUCAAUAUUGAUGUUCCUGUCUAUUCUAACCUCGCGCUACGCUGAAGAAGAUUUUCUUGACUCAUUACCUAACAGAUUAGUAAUGGGACUAGCUACCCUCUUCAUCUCAAUUGCCACCAUGAUGAUAUCUUUUUGUGCCACCCUUUUUAUUGUUCUUAGCCAGGGAUUGGACUGGAUUGGCAUUCCAAUGGCUUUAGUUGCAAGUGUUCCUGUAAUCUUGUUUGCUUUGUUACAAUUUCCCCUUUUUGUUGAUGUGAUCAGUCAUACAUAUAGGUCUAGCACCAUCUUUGGUCCAAGAAAUUAUUUGUUGUGUUAGAUAAAGCAGAAGACUAUUGAAUGUAGAUAAACUUUAAGAGAUUCAGAUAGAUCUUCACAUUGUAGGUGUACUAUAUAUGUAUUUUUGGUGGAUUGAGUACUCUUAAUUUAACAUGUAUUUUUUUUUUUUUAAUUUA